AUGAAUGCAUCACCUCGUCUGGGAUCAACGAUCCCGAUCGUCGAAUCUGGUCUGGCCCCACCGCUCGGCCCGUUCCCUGAUUCACAGCCCUUCACGACCUUCCGGUCUAUCGAUAAUGUCCCGCAGCAGCCUCUCCAGAAUGUCAUAGCUCUGCAGGCCGAUGGACACGUAUCAUCCAAUCCACAUGGAAUGGUCCUCCAGCCCGCCGAGCAAUCUUUCCAAGCGAGCUACAAUGGACUGGAGGCCGAUGAGACAGAGUCCGCGAACUUCGCGGGACAGCUAACGGGGAUGAGGUUAAUCCCUGAUCCACCUGAUCUUGAGUAUUGGAGAAAUCGAUUAUUCCAUGCCGACGAUGUCAUUACUUUGACAGAAGAACAAUUCCAAACCUACUUUCCUCAUGUUGAUAAUGUCUAUUCUCAUCGGUCGACUCAGAGAUAUAAGCGCCGAUCAAUGGUCUCUCAUUACUGGGACUGUCGUCUGAAAGGUCGGCCGCCGGGUACACCCAAGUCUGACGAUCCGAACAAGAAGAAGCGUAAACGCACCGCUAGGGAACGGGACCUCUGCGAUGUGAAGAUUAAAAUUACGGAGUACCUACCCGGCAGUGGAGAAAAUGAUACAACUGGAGGCUUUGAAUCUUUACCAGCUGAGUUACAACCUGGAGUUCACACAUUGUUUCCAGUACAGAAUACCCAGCCCUUCGGUGUUCUUACACCGAACACCGCUCUUCCAGAAGGACAUCCGGGCGCGAAUGGGCAAAGGUAUUUUACCAUUCAGCGGGUGAAUGGGAACGGUGCCAACGGAAAGAAUGACGGUGUGAGCGGAGGUCAUCGGCAUACCCUCGAGGAGAGUGAUCGCGUCAAGAAGAAUAGUGUGCAGCGACACUUUUUGAAGGAAGAUAAGAAUAGGAGAAAAUCCGGACACCGAGGCAUGUCUGGUGAUAAAAAGGCGUACCACACAAAGGCGACGGGUUUGGCCGCCGUUACAGCUGCGAACCAUGCAGCGGAGACAAACCUCCAGUUAUAUGGAAGUUGCUUCUGUCCAUUUGUGCAAAGAGUUUGGAUUGCACUAGAACUAAAAAGCAUACCAUACCAGUAUAUCGAAGUAGAUCCUUAUGAAAAACCUCAAUCUUUGCUGGAAUUAAAUCCGCGCGGGCUUGUCCCAGCAUUGCGACAUGACAACUGGGCAUGCCAUGAGAGCACAGUGCUCAUGGAAUAUCUUGAGGAUUUGAAAGUUGGGCCGUCCCUUCUUCCAGCUGACCCGAAGCUGCGAGCCCAUUGUCGUUUAUGGGCAGAUCAUAUCAACCGAAAUAUUAUCCCAGCAUUCUAUCGGGUACUGCAAGAGCAGGACCAGCAGAAGCAGAUCGAGAAUGCGCAAGAGCUUCGGAAUGCUUUCGAUACAUUGAUCGAGGCCGCGCAUCCUCGAGGUCCAUUUUUCAUGGGCGGACAGAUCUCCUUUGUAGACAUCCAAGCUGCGCCGUGGGUUAUUCGACUCAACCGAGUACUGAAGCCCUAUCGAGGCUGGCCCAAUGCCGACGAGGGAAGCCGGUGGGCUUCUUGGGUGAAUGCCAUAGAAACAAAUGACCACGUUCAAGCAACAACCAGCACCGAUGAACUCUACCUUGAGAGCUAUGCGCGAUAUGCCGAGAACCGUCCAAACACAUCUCUGCUUGCAAAUGCGAUCAAUUCGGGACGUUCUCUUCCUUGA